CGCACGCGUCAGCACUACUACCCCAACACCACCAUGAACUCAAACACCAACAACACUGCCGCGGGUCAGAAGGAAGACUACCUUGACAAGGGUCUCGACGCCGCCGAAAAGAAGUACGGUGGCUCCAUGGGCCAGGACACACAGAAGAACCGUGCCAUCAACGAGAAAAUCACAGAUGGAGCCCGCAACAUGUUCGAAAAAGCAACGGGCAAGCACGUUCCCGAGAAGAUCUCCAACUAGGGGAUCCUCCUCACCCUCCCCGGAAGUCCCCACCCGCCUCUCCCUCGACGUCGAUGAAUCCACAAAUCCUCCUUCAACAUGCUACGAAGCUGCCCAUCCAGCCCCAGUCUCCCCCACCACCUCAUCACCUGCAUCCCCGGGAUCACACCACCACCGGCACUCCUUCCCCUUUGUACAUAUGCACCACGACCACAACCACGACAGCAACAAUACCAACGAUAAUAAGAAAAAACACAAGAACCGGGCGUCGAUUGACUCGGCCCAUUCAGCGGUUUCCCGCGACUCUCACGCGACUACGAGCGAGCAUCAUGAUAACGAGGGAGAUGAAGAGGACAAGCUGCAUGGACUCUGGCACAAGAUUGAGGCGGGCAUGGAAAAGGCAAGACCGUAUAUGGAGAGGCUGAGUGGGACGUAUGAGCCGUUGCCGAUUAAACAGACUGAACA